UUUAUUAGAAACCGUUCAAGAAAGUUGUGACUCGAAGAUUUGUUGUAUUUAUAGAUUCUAAACAAUAUAUAGCGUUAUUUUUUUGCUUGCUGGAAACCAUAAAGAGUGUUUAGAUGUUAUAAGAAAGUGUGCAUGAUGAAAGCUGUUAUUUUGGCUGCAGGUUAUGGGACGAGGCUGCAGAGGGACAUUGAGAAGGACCAGAGUGGACAUUUUGAGCAUUUGCAGGGUGUUGCGAAACCUCUACUUCCGGUUGGAGACUGCGCCUUGAUCUCUCACUGGCUCAGAGCUCUCACUCAGUCUGCGUGUGUAGAUCAAGUGUUUGUGGUCACCAAUGCACUUUACCAUGAAGCAUUCCAGCUCUGGGCUCAAGACUUCCCCAGUGUUCAAGUCCUUAAUGAUGGGACAAGAACUAAUGAAGAGCGACUCGGAGCAGUUGCAUGCCUUCACCUGGCAGUGAAACACUUUGCAGUGCACACUGAUGUCAUUGUGAUCGGAGGCGACACACUGUUUAAAGAGGACUUCAGUCUCAGAAAGUUCACAAAGCACUUUGCAAAGUUGCAGAGGAAAGGUGAAGAUGGUAACUUGGUCCUCUCGUACGAGUGCAAGGAUGAGGAAACAUCAAAGUAUGGCAUCCUGGAGGUGGAUUCGGACUUUCGAGUGCAGUGUAUGAAGGAAAAGCCUCUGCCGACUGAGACACACUCACGCAGGGCUUGUCCCUGUUUUUACUUGCUUUCAAGAACAAUACUUCCUCUGCUGGACGUCUUCCUGAAGGAGAAGGAGACGAGACCACUUGAGGAGAGAGACGCACCAGGGAACUUCCUGUCAUGGCUUAUAGCAAAGAGGCCAGUGUAUGUCCAUGAGAUAUCAGGACGCUUUGACGUCGGAAACCUCGCAUCUUAUACAGCGUGCGACAGAUACUUCAGAGAACAACUUCAAAAUCCAGAUGUUUAUUUAAUAUAGCAUUCAAACACACUUAAGUUUCACACACAGGGCUUGAGGAAGAAAAAAAAUCAAAUCCACUUUUUGUGCGACUGAAUAAAUUAAACCCUAUACUCUAAUCAGUGA